AUGUGCACCAACGGCGGCGCCUUGUUCUGUGCAGGUCAUGCUUUGCACGGUGGCCAACUCGCAAAACGGAUUCGGAGUGCUGAAACGUGCCCUACCGCGAGCAACAACAGCAAUGUCGCGACAAUUUUUGAUGCAAGGUUUUUGGGUACGAAUACGGAGGAUAACAGUAAAGGUGUUAGCUGCUUCGCAAUACAUGCCGUUGUUGUCUUUGAUUCGUCAAGAUGGCUACCAACUUUA